UAACCACUGAGCUAUACGUCUAUACCUGGGAUAACGCAAAUCUUUCACAUCAACUUCUUAUAUCGCUUGUCUAUAAACGUCGAAUAUUCUCUCCAUGAAUAUUUUCUUGUUCAAUAGCAGUCAUAUUUUGGCAAGUUUAACCACCUUGAUGGAAAGGAACCAGUUUACUAUAUAGAUCAGUGUUUGUUGCACCAUAUAAUUGCAACACUGGAGUUAUAUAAUAUUGUACAGAUGUUGCUCUAAUGGUUUUAAAACAGCUAUUGGGGAAGAACAUCUUUUUUUCUUAACCAUAAAGAUCACGAUCUUAAAUCAUAAUGGAUACUUCUACAACAUCUUGUGGAACAAAAUCUGCUACUUCUACAACAUGUAAAUAUGUCAACCGUGUUGGUGGGUGCAGAUUUGGUGAGAAAUGUCGUUAUCGGCAUGAUCAUGAGGCAGAUAACAAAGAGACAAACACUGAUGAUGUUAAAACAAUACAAGCUUUUGAAAUUUUACCAAAAAAGUAUUUUGAAGAUGAGGAAAUAUGCUCAGAACAAGAUAAAAGUGUUCUGGACAGGUCACAUGAUAACAAGGGUAAAACACAACCAAAACCAAGGAAACCGGUUUGCCGAAACUUCCACAGAAGUGGCUAUUGUCGAUUUGGUGAAAAAUGCAGGUUUUUACACAAGACAAGAGUAGAGAAAUCAGUUAACAAAACAUUCAAUACUAUCAAUAGAGAAAUACCUGAAAAAGGAUGUUCUAAUGAUCAAGUCAUUAUUGAAGAAAGCCCUGUUCAGAACAAAAUGCUUGGAUUCAUUGGACCAACAGGGCAAGCACAUGUUUCAAAGCCUAGAAAGAGACCAGAACAUUUAAGUGAAAAAUUAUCAGAAUUAUCACUGGAAGAUGUAAAGUAUUUGCAGGAAAUUGAGUUGGAGCAAUUGAAGAAACGAUUUAAUGACAGUUUGAAAAUAAAUUAUGAGAGUUAUGGAACCAUUUGCAUGUUUACAAUAAAACCAUCGGAUCCAGACUGGCCUUAUGAUAUAAAUAAAGUUUCAAUGAAUAUCACAUUCCCAGACAAUUAUCCAAGAGAGAUUUUCCAAGCAGAAAUUAUAGAUGAUGAUGGCUUAUUUCCACCAUAUUUUACUGAAUACAUCAAUGAUGACAUUGCCAAACAUUUGAAAGAGCAUGCUGAUGCCCAGAAACUCAGAGACUCUUCUGACCUUUUAUUUCGGCCAUUUCUCAGAUGGCUUGAUAGAAACUUAGAGGAUCUCUUCACAAAAGCAUUGAAGCAGAUAAAAUUUGAGGUGGAAGCCCAAGCAGCUGGACUUCAAUUUAUUACAUUUGACAAUAAAGUUGUUGGUGGAAGUUCCAAAGAGGAAACUGAGCUUUCUAAUCCUAAUGAUAAGCAAGAUUUGGAAUCUAACCUGGAAAAUGUUAAGACAAGUGCAUCACAAUUUGAUGCUGAAGAUAAAGAAGUUGAUAGUAAGCCUGAAAGUGUUAUGUUUGAAAUGAUAGAGGCAAAAAAAACACAUAAUUCAAAGAAGGGGACAGAGAUCAGGUUUCAAGGAAUGGAACUUCAUGAGAAUACAGCAACUGUUAGAAUAAAAUCAUUGUUUUUCACUGUUCAAUGUGGCCGUUGCAAGAAUAAAGAAGAGAUGCCAAAUUGUAUGGAGAAUAUGCAAAUGGUUCUUCCCUGCUCAAAAUGUUCAAAUGACCAAAGCAUUACUAUUACAAGUUCUGAAAUUGUGCAUCAAAACUCCACUACAGUGGCAUACAUGGAUCCUCAAGGAUGUUUACCAGUUGAUCUCAUUCUGUCAGAGUGUGAAUUAAUCAUUGGAUGUCUCAACUGCAGCAAAGAUACAUCAACAAAGGGCAUCACCUAUGGCUCGACAAAGAAUGUGUGGUGUAACCAUUGCCAUCAGAAAUUGGACAUGAAAAUAGAAACAGCUAGAUUUUAUCAACUACGACCUGAUAUCGCUUUAGUUUCUGGUGAAAAAAUUAAAAGAGUUCAACUUCAGAAAACUACGAGGAACAAAGACCCUCCCAUCAAGCAUGGCCAAGCGCUUCCAGAGAACGGAACUUGUAAGCAUUACAAGAAGAGCUACAGAUGGAUGCGAUUUCCUUGUUGCGGGAAAUGCUAUCCUUGCGAUAAAUGUCACGAAGAUGCUGAACGUGAACACGAUAUGGAGCAAGCGACAAGAAUGAUCUGUGGUCACUGUUCCAAAGAACAGCCAUUCAGUCAAAACAACUGUGUCUCGUGCAAGUCAUCAAUGACAGCGAUUCACACCAGCCAUUGGGAAGGAGGGAAAGGUUGUAGAAACAAGAUAAAGAUGAGCAGAGGGGAUGACAAGAAAUACUCAGACAAGAACAAGACCAUCUCCCGACAUGCCAUCAAAGUCGAUAGUCAGAAAAAGAAAUAGGUUAAUGAUAGAUCCAUGGACGG